AUGGGUUCUAAGUUGACCAGACAGAGAAGUCUUGAUUUUGAGAGCAAAUUGCCCAAAAGGAGACGCCAGAGAAACGAUGCUGUUCCUGGAGAGAGCGAGAGAAGUGGCGGCGGAGACUUCUUGUUUACCUCCUUGAUGCUCAAGUCCGACAAGCUUCCAGGGAUGCUGCGGAAAACCAACCACAGCCCAUACGUGAGACGGGUGGCUUGGGUCCGGGAGAUCCAGAGGCUUCUCCGGGAGCAGAGGAUGGAGCAAGCAGCUGAAGUGCUCAAACUGCUGAGAAAGGAUUUGGGACUUCAGGGAACGUCGCUCAAUGACAUUUUGUACAAGAACGCAGCUUUUCUCAACCUGGUGGACCCCAUCUCUCACGAGCUGCUGCUCAGUCUCGCCCGGGACCUGCAGUGCCCUAAAAGGGAGACCGAAUCACUCAAGUCCACCAACAAGAUCUGCCGCCAGCUGAUUUACCACCUGACCCCUCACUCCAAGUGGACCAGACAGAGCGUGCCCAGGAGGAAGUCUCAGGCCUGUCUGAAGACCACCCUGAAGAAGAAGCUGUCGGGCGACGUGGUCAACCUGUCAGGAAUCCCGCUGUCGGGCCGGGACGUCCACCGCGUGGCCUUCUACCUUCAGAGCAGCAGCGACGUGGUGUCGGCCGUGGACCUGAGCUUCACCGAGCUGCAGGACGAGAGCUUGCGGCUGCUGCUGCCCUACCUCGGCCUCCUGCCAAAGCUGACCACGCUGGCCAUCAACGGCAACCGCCUGACGGUGGCCAUCCUGAAAGACCUGACGGACGCCGUGAAGGACCCCAAGAAGUUCCCCUGCCUGGCCUGGAUCGACCUGGGCAACAACGUGGACAUCUUCACCGUCCCGCAGCCCCUCCUGGUGGCGCUGCGGCGCCGCUUCGGUUUGCGCAGCAGCCUCCCCACCAUUUACGAGUACAGCGAGGCGCGGGCGUUCGGCGGCUACAACCCAAACAUGGAGACUUCUGUGGAGGAGCCCAGUCUGUACGAGGAGGGAGAUGUAGAGGAAGACGAUAGGGAGGAGGAGGAGGAGGACCGGCUGGAGCUCCGAGCCUGGGGCUUUGGAGAAGAAAACGUGUCGAAAAACGUGCCGCUCCACUUCUGUGGGAGGUGA